AUGCCUCUACAGGAUGGAGCAGAUCCAGGUUUUGCAGACAGGAAUGAGGUUUGUAUGUUUGGUCUGUCCGCCUCGGGCAGUAACGACAGGUAUCUAUUCGGCGAUACCUUCUUGCGGUCCGCUUACGUGUUUCAUGACCUGGACAACAACCAAGUCGGCAUUGCUCCGGUAGCUUCCGACUCCAUCGCCAAGUCACCACACAUCAUCACAGUCACCCAUGGUACCGGCGGCGAUACGACCACUGCCACCUCCGCAACGUCUGCCACCGUCUCGACUGGCAUAAUACGUAGCGACGGAUAUGGCCAUUCACCAACGACUACAGCCACUAUCUGGGGCUAG